AUGUUCGCCGUUUACUGCGCGGACGAAAUAGAGUUUCCCCGCGGAGUCUACUUGGGUUUUGUUGUAGCGAUCUCGCUCGCCUGCGUCGUCUCUGGUAACGCGCGUAACGGAGUGGGCACACUAAAAAGUAAGAGCCUGAAUGAAUCGACCGGCGCUGCUACAGAGAGCGAACACAUGACAAAAGAACGAACGAGACGGAAGCCCUCGCGGCGGCUGCUCGCCUGCUCGCCUGCAUGUGUCGGGCCUCUACGAUAUCAUUCACGUGUCCCGUUCGGGACCGCGAGGGCGGCGCUUUGCCAAUCACGUGGCCAAUGGAAGCGAGACGCAGGAGCACCCAUAAUGGAUUGGGUAGAGACAUCAUUGUGUUGCCUGAGAGGAGAACUAUCUCAUUUUUUCCGACCAUCGGCUUUUUCGAAACAUUUCAAUCCAGCCGAGGGAUUAGGGUCUGAUUCUUUUGUUGCUGAAAAUGGUUUACCGAGGAGAUUAAGAACUGCAUACACUAAUACACAACUUCUAGAGUUAGAGAAAGAAUUUCACUUCAACAAAUAUUUAUGUCGACCCAGGCGCAUCGAGAUUGCAGCAUCACUUGACUUAACUGAAAGACAGGUUAAAGUAUGGUUUCAAAAUAGAAGAAUGAAGCACAAACGUCAAACGUUAAGUAAAGGUGAAGAUGGAGACGAUAAAGAUUCAACUGCGUCGGAAGGAGGGAAGAGUUCUAAACUAUGUUCGGACAAAUUUCCCGAUGACGAUGGUCCUAGUGGUAAGAAGAGUUGCCAAGGUUGCGAAAUGCCUCCAGUGAAUUUGGACGACGUUUCCGACAAUGGACCAUUAACGCGAGGCAACAACAACAAUACGCCAAGUGCAACGAAUAACAAUAAUACGUCAACUGGGACGUUCCGAAGUAAUAGCGAUGGAGCGAGUAGUGUCGCAUCAAGUUCAGGAUCGCCUGAUGUUGCCAAACCUAUACCGACAGAAGAUGACGAGCCUCUGACGACUCGCAAUAAGAAACCAAUAGUAAAAUCAGAAAUCGAUCGCGGUAACUACUCCCCUGUGGCCGCCGCCAAAGAAGAGAUUACAACAAAAUCUCGAAACUCUGCUAUGUAUCCCAUUCAAAGAAUAUCUCAAUACGUAAAUCCCCCUGGUAUGCGAUCCGCAGGUUAUGUCCAACAACCGCCGACUACAGUGCCUCCACAAUACCAUCCAGAUGCCUUAGCGCAGCAUCAAUACCGCGUUAAACCCACUGCGCCCGUACUGGCGCAGCAUCAAUCGCAGACUCAAGGCUGCUAUUCACCGGCGGAGGGCUACGCGAUGAACGCAACUCCGGAGCAAUUGCUGCCUUCGGCCGCUGCAGAAGCGUAUGCACGAACGCAGCAGCAGGCUCAACGAAUGCGUGGCCAACAGAGAAAUUACGUAUCGGCCGCCGCGGCAGCGGCACAGUACGGAUAUAACUACGGAAAUUAUAACAGCAAAUGCCAGACGCAACAGCAGCAGCACACGUCGCAAACCCAACAAGCGCCGCAGCAUGCUCAACAGCAGCAAGAAUAUCCUCAUCAAUAUGGAGGCCAGUACGCUGUGCAUGAUACAGCUGAGCACGGGCAUGGACAUGGCCACGGACAAUACCACCAUCACCAUCACCACGCCGUGCAUUACUACCAAAGCGGUGCGGCGGUUGGUGUAUACGUGGAAGAUCAUCCGAUGGAGCACGGCUAUUACACCGCGGAGCAAAUGGCAGCGGCCCACAACAAACCAGCCAUAACCGAUUACACCGACGGCUACGCGGCGCAACAAGAGGUCUACGGAUCGACGCACACGCCGCACGCGGCCCACGUCGACGGGACCUACACAGCCCACGGAGCCUCCUCCUCGGACGCAACGGCCGAUAGCUACAACGCGUUCCAACAUUUUUAUGAAACGGGACAAGGACAGCCGACGGAAAACAGUAAUAGUUCUUCCGAUUUCAAUUUUCUUAGCAAUCUAGCAAACGAUUUCGCACCUGAGUACUAUCAGUUGAGCUGA